AUGUCGACAGUUGGUGAUAUGCGUUCAAUCUUUAUUGCUGCCCGGAUUUUGGGUGGUGCUAUUCACAUCACCACCGAGAACGACAUCACAGCAAGAAAGCGUCGCGACGUGUUCUUCAUCGCCGUUUCGAUAAGUUUAUACUUCGUCAGUCUCGUGGCAAUAAACGUUUACAUAUUACCUUACGUGGACACGGACGCCAAAGUUGUGUUCUUCAAUUUCGCGAGGGUGAUCCUCUUUUAUUCUUGUUUCUUCACGGACGCCUCUUUGACCACGCUCUGGAACAGAAAGAUUCGCGCCGUUUUGUCUGAAUUGCGAAACUUUGAUCGCGUUACGGACUUUCGCGACUCUUCGAAACGUCGCAGGGUGCGGAACAUGUGUCACGGGUUUAUGUUCGUUACGUUAAUAUAUUGGACGAUAGUUGGGUACUUGAGUUACAGACUUGAAGUUAGACUACCUCUGCUUCGCGGAAUAGCGUACGCUGUCGUCGACGCGUCGAUAUUCCUGCAGAUCAUGAUAUUCGCUGGUUUUUCUUUCCUCAUCGGGGAGAGAUUCCGUCAACUGUGCAAUAUACUAAAAUUCACCGCGGAAAAGGAAAAGCUAAUGAUGUCCGAUCGUCUUAGCGUACGAUUCACGUUGCAAAAAAUAUGGUGGUUGCAUUGCUCCCUGGUGAACGCGGCCGAGAUGCUGAAUUCCGUGUACGCGGUCCAAUUACUGUUGUGGAUCUCCAGUUUAUCCUUGAACACGAUGUCAAGGAUUUACGCGAUGAAGUCGUACAACCUCUCGAACUACGGGAUGAUCAGGGAAACGAUGCUUGCGAUUAGUUGCGCCUGGAAUGUUCUGUUGGUCACUGCCAGCUGCCACGUGACAGCGUACCAGGCCAAUCGCGUUGGCGAGAUUAUAUUUACACCAUCCUCGUCUGCUUCCAUGAAGCGCGUGUUUCUGCAGGAAAACUUGGAAGCAGCGGCGUACUUUCAACUGAGGAAGUUGCAUUUCUGCACCGUGGCCGGUUUUAUACGAGUUGAUCUUCCACUUUUGCUUUCGAUCGUCUCGGGUAUGACAACGUAUUUGGUGAUUCUCUGGUGAAGAACAUUUCGAAC